UGACGAACUGCCCGCGCGACACCACGUUUCCCGCCUAACGAAAAACCGCGAACUGUCACCUGUCAAAUUUUUAUUUUUUAAAAAGUGCGUGCAGCCAGUGACAUUUAUUUAUUUUUUUUUUUCUGACUUAAUUAAACUUUUUAAUUUGUGUACGUAUGUCAUGAUUGUGAAUUAUGUGAAACUGUUGUGUUUUUAAAAGGAUAUUUGUAUCUAAUAGUUAAGGUAUUGCUAUGGGGAAUUUCGAUCGGAGACCGUCCCCUUCAAAAAUGGGAAACACAACAUGGCUGGCUUUAAUAGCGGCCAUCUUCGCAUUUGUCACACCAGCGCUGUCGAGUUCACCGCGGGUCGUGUGUUACUACACAAACUGGUCGGUGUACAGGCCGGGCACAGCUAAGUUUAACCCCCAGAACAUAAACCCGUACCUCUGUACGCAUCUCGUGUACGCGUUCGGCGGUUUCACUAAGGACAAUACUUUGAAACCGUUCGACAAAUAUCAGGAUAUUGAAAAAGGUGGUUACGCCAAAUUCACUGGUCUUAAAACAUACAAUAAGAAUCUGAAAACAAUUCUGGCGAUUGGGGGAUGGAAUGAAGGUUCCUCCAGGUUCUCGCCGAUGGUCGCCUCCAAGGAUAGGCGAAAGGAAUUCGUGAGGAAUGUUAUAAAGUUCUUAAGACAAAACCAUUUCGACGGUCUCGAUCUCGACUGGGAGUACCCAGCGUUCCGUGAUGGAGGAAAGGCUAAAGACAGAGAGAACUACGCGAAACUCGUAAAGGAGUUGAGAGAGGAGUUCGAAAGAGAAUCGGAGAAGACGGGAAAACCGCGUCUUUUACUGACCAUGGCGGUACCAGCCGGUAUAGAGUACAUUGAGAAAGGCUUCGACGUUAGGACUUUGAACAAAUACUUGGAUUGGAUGAAUCUUCUCACAUACGACUACCACUCUGCGUUCGAGCCAGCAGUUAACCACCACGCCCCGCUUUACCCCCUCGAAGAGCCAAAUGAAUAUAGCGUGGAUAAUGAACUGAACAUUGAUUACACAAUAAAGUUCUACCUGGAAAACGGUGCGGACCGCGACAAGCUGGUGCUCGGCAUCCCCACAUACGGGCGCUCCUACACGCUGUUCAACCCCGACGCCGUGGAGAUCGGCUCCCCCGCGGACGGGCCGGGGGAGCAGGGGGAAGCUACGAGGGAGAAGGGAUACUUGGCGUUCUAUGAGAUAUGUGAAGCGCUCAAGGCCAAAAGCAAAAAGCGCGCUAUCGACUCUGACGAAGACUCGGAAGAUUCUGAUGAAGAAGAAGAGGAUGAAGAGUGGACGGUGAUGUACCCCAACAAGGACGCGAUGGGACCCGUGGCCUAUAAGGGGAACCAGUGGGUCGGAUACGACGAUAUCGACAUAGUUAAGAAGAAGGGCGAAUAUGUCGCUGAGAACGGCCUUGGAGGUAUUAUGUUCUGGUCUAUCGACAACGAUGACUUCCGCGGCGCUUGCUACGGCAAACCAUAUCCGCUUAUCGAGGCUGCUAAGGAAUCUUAUAUCGCUAAGUUAGGAUCAACACAAAACACGGUGACAGAAUCUUCCAGGCCUUCAUCAUCAGGAUCCAGGAGGAGAUCCAAACCUCGCUCCACCACCACCACUCCCAAACCAUCCUCCAAGAGUAGACCAAAAACAUCGGUUCAGACUUCGACUCCCGCGUGGAACAUCAUCACACCGGAACCGCCCACCACUCCGGAUCCCGGAUCCGACUUCAAGUGCACGGACGAGGGCUUCUUCCCGCACCCGCGCGACUGCAAGAAGUACUUCUGGUGCCUGGACUCCGGCCCCUCCGACCUGGGCAUCGUGGCGCACCAGUUCACGUGCCCCUCCGGCCUCUACUUCAACAAAGCGGCGGAUUCCUGUGACUUCGCUCGCAAUGUGCUCUGCAAGAAGCCCGCCGCGACCACGAAAGCGCCCACCAAGGCGACUACGACCACGACCACGACCGUGACCACGACCACGACCACGAGGCGGCCGGUCCGGCUCACGUCCAAGAGCUCGCUGUUAUUUAGGACCUCUACUACUACUCCGGAACCUGAGCUAAGUGAAGAAGAAGAGGAAUUCUCAGAUGAAGAAGCUGAUGAUGCGGCCGAUGUGGAGGCUGAGGAUCCCAAGGUGAUCAAGGAACUGAUCGAUCUUAUUAAGAAAGUUGGCGGUGUGGAGCAGCUGGAGAAGCACCUGCACCUGGCGGAGUCGGGCGCGAGCGCGGGCGAGCUGGUCACCACCACGCCUUCCAACUUCAACAAGAAGCUGUACCAGAAGGUGCUGGAACGCGCCCGAGGGCAGAGCAAAUACAACAGCAACACCAUACCAACAAGCGGAGUUCAGAACAGUCGGCGCGGUCCGCAGAACGCCGGACUGCAGCCCUCGCCCGAUAAUGAUAAGACUUACAGAAAGGAGAGGCCACAGUACGUCACAAUAAACCGAUCUAGACAGUCCACCACACCGGAACCGCUGGAAAGUCUGGAGCAGAAUGAAAGCGGAUCUGAUGAGGUCCAGGACACUCCCACCAGCUCGGAGACCAGUUCCAGGGGGCGGGAGAGCAUCAACAUCUCCAGGGGGACCUCCAGACCGCUGCAGUAUGUGAAUAUUCGGAGGAACAGACCGACUACGGAGAGCGACGAUAUACCCUCUAGAAACGCGCUAUUCGACCGCGCGCCGCUCGUGGCGGUGGAGGAGGCGGCUGGUUCUGUGGACAUCAGCUCGCGCCGGGAGACCACCCCCGAGUACGUCACCAUCAGACGCACCAGACCCACCACGGAGGAGACCUCCACCGUACCAUACCAACAAUCUGAUGAAGAAGAGUCGCAAGAAUCCAUUUUAGAAAGGGAGAUCACCUCCCCGUCGCCCCAACCACAAUACUCUUCGAUAAUUCGUACUCGAUCCACAACUCUCUCACCACCGGAAGAAAUAAACACGCCCGAACCGACGACAAUUCUAUCCGUUCAAAUAUCUUCAUUACUGAACGCUCCAAACCCCACUGAAACCGAAGAAACAGUUCAAACAACCGAAGCUGAAGUUACUUCGACAACACAACCAACAACCACAACAACAACAACAAGUCCAACAACAGCCGCACCGACCACACGUCGUAACGCACUGCGGCGUCGAGGAUCAACAACACCCACCACAACAGCGCCGACAACAACGCAGGUAAGCUCUAGGAAUUACUCAUUUAUCCGCCGCCGUAGACCUUUAUCGCAACCCAACGAUAUAUCUGACUCGCAGGAAGUUAACGAAAUUAGUAGGAAAAUAAGAUCCACCACGCCUGAUAGCCGGGAAACUGAAAACAAACCUAGUCCGAGGAAUGUGCAAAUUAGGAGAUUCCGUAGUAGGUUCCAAACGACGAGUAGUGAUGAUUCUGUACCAGCGGCUGCAGCUCAAGUGCCGAGGGGUGAAUUUAGACCACAAUUAACUCGGGAUGAGGUCUUAUCGCUGACACCUAUCGACGUAGAUGAAAAGCAAAUUUUAGAAAAUGACGAAGAUUCAGAAGAAGAUGUGAGCCCUCGCAGUCGUGUUGCCACUACUAUUGCUGACAAAGCAGAAGAUAGUGAAUUUUCUGCAGCUACAAUCGACGAGAGAAGGCCUAGCAUUAUAACGAGAGGUCGAGGCAGGUUUGUGAUCACCACAGAAUCACUGAAACAGUCUGUUACUGAAUCACCACAAAGACGCCCCACGUUAGCAAGAUUUACUCCGAGACCCUUCGGUAGGGCGGUGACAAAUGCCCCAUCUACUGAAAAUCCCAAUGAUUUAAACAACGCUCAAACGGAAAGAUCAAGAAACCGUGCCCGCUUACCUUUUACGCGCCCAAGAAUAGGAGCACCUUCUAAUUCUCCAGUGUUACAAGCCCGAAAACUGCCUUUCCCCUCCAGGGUUUCAAGUACCCCAAUUCCAUCACCUGAUAAAAAUGAGGAUGAGUUGGAAAAUCAAGAUGAUAUAGCUCUCUCCGAAAGCGCUAUAGAAGAAAAGGAACACGAUGAAGAAUAUGAUGAGCCAAUCGAAACAACUAAAGCUCCUAUCAGGCAACGUGUAACGAUUAAAAAGUUCCAAAACCCUGACAGUGGACUUAUAAAUGAAUCUGUUGUUGAUGAAACUGGUAAAAGAAAGUUCAGAGUUAUUCGAAGACGACCAACCACUACUACCAAAAUUGAAACCACAGAACCUGCAACAACUCCACCGACGAGAAGACGUAAAAUCAUAAGGAAAAAAAUUAAACCAAUUGAAGAAGAUGAGAUAAUACCCACAAAUGUACCGGUUAUAAAUGCUGGUUUUAGAGAUGUUCCUCCAGAAGUAUUAAACUAUGGAGAAAGAACAAAAUCAACAACUGCAACAUUACCUGAAACAACAACUGAAAAUGAGGACUCAAUUACGGACACAAUUAUAACAGCAUUCAAGAAUAAUUUUGACUUAGUAAAGAUAAAAACAAACGACGGCGGCAAAAAUCAAAACGAAGAAGAUAAAGAUAGCACUAACAUAGAAAACAAUGAGGGCGAAGCUGAAGAUGAGGAUACAAAUACUGAAUUAAAUAAUGAAAAUCUUCAAGAAAAUAAUGAUUCUGAUGAUAAACCUAACAUUACAGUUGCAGAAGAAGAUAAAACAAUCAAUUUAUCCGAUUUAAACAUUAAUAAUAAUAUAAGCUCAGCAUUAAUAAAAAAAGACGAUGACUCUGCUAAAGAAACUACAACUCCCACUGAAAGAACAGAAGCUGUUGAAAUCAUUACAGAACCCGUUCCAGUGAGCCCUGAAAUUAAAGAAGAUAGUGAAGAUUUAACGAAAAACAAUAAUAACGAAAAUGUCUCAGACUUGAGUAAUACAGGGAAUGAUACUUUAAUAAAUAAUACAAUGAACGAAUCAAAUCAAAACCAAACGUCUGUAUCCGAAAGUGACGUAGUUACUGAAACAACAGUAAGCACAACGCAACAACUCACAUCACCAACAGCAAGGUCAAGAUUGCCUUAUCGUCCAUCAAAAAGAUUAUUCACAUCUACAACAGAAUCCUCUGUACCUUCCAGCAGUAGAACAUUUAGUCGUAAAUACAAUCCAGGUGCAUAUACAAGCCCAUCAACAGUAGAAAGGCCUAAUUCUUUCAGAAGACCCACUACUAAACGACCACUCUUUUCACGAACCUUUACAAGAAGAACUUUCCCUACAGCAAGAACAACUCCAAGGUAUCAACAGGAAGAAGAAGAAGAAGAAGAAUAUUCCGAUGAAGAACUUUUAGAGGAAGAACCAGAAAAUCCUUUAGUGUUUGUUCCUCCCAGCAAGUUAUUUACGAGAAAACCUGACUCUGAAGAGUAUGAAGAUAAUGAAGACGAAGAUCUGGCACUAGAAGACGAGGAAGAGGCUGAGGAUGAAAAUUACGAAGACGAACCACAAGUGAAUCGCUUUGUUCCAUCAACCAGAAAACCUUUCUUCAAACCAAGGAUUGUAAACUCUAAUACGUUUAGAACUUCAACAUCGACCACCGAGCUACCUAAACCAUUAAUUGUCAACCAAAAUAAGACUGGAAGUGUUAGCAGGAUUGCCAACAAACCAAUAGAUCUUACCAAAAAACGCGUACAAAAUGUUCCAAUAGGAUACAAUGCACCGAAUGCCAAUAAGACGCAAGGAUUAAACAUAACUAAAUCUACUCCAAGUGGUAAGGAAACUUCACCAACAACCACUGCUUCACCUGAGCCGGAAUCUAAUCCCACAACAACUGAAAACGAUGAUUACUUGACAAUGGAUGAUAUAACUACAACAUCAUCCGAUUUAAACAAUACUAAAGUUGAAAGUGAUUCGACUACAAAUACCUUAGAAUUUGAGACGGUAACCUCAGAAAUGGAAAUUGAUAACAGUACAGACGAUUACUUAGAAUAUACGACAAAUUAUCCAAGUACCCAGGAAUAUCCUGUUUAUACACAAACUGAAGUUGACGUUGAUAAAGCCACUUCAGUAGAUACACUCGUAACGGAUAAACAAGAUAUAAACCAAAUAACAACCACUGAAAACUCAGCGGAAGGUACCACUAAUAUUCCUCAAGUAUCGCCUAUUAUUAAAACACAAUUUGAUAAGCUAUUUUCUAUAAGCAGAGUUGUAGAGGUAUCAUCAAAAUCAGAAAAACACAGAUUAAAUAAAAACAACGAAACAACUCUUAUUGAAGAAGGGCAAGUUGUUGUGGAAAAGAAGCCAACUGUCGACAAAAUUGGUGAAGUUAGUAGAUAUAGCCUUAUAAAAAUUUUCGAAGAUGAAAUACCAAUUUAUCUUACAAAACUCGGCCAUGUAUAUCCAGUAGAUAAUCCACCCAAUAAUCCAAUUCGAAUCGAUGAAGCAAGAAAUGCGAGGGCUCUUUUUGACUAUUCAGAUGCACCUAAGGAAAAUCUCGUUGCUUCUGAAAGUAUGAAUGAAGCCUAUCGACAUGUGAACAAAAUAUCGAAAAACAUCAAAGGUGUUGAACAAAGCGUUGGGAAAGGACAUGUUGAGCAUAUAAAUGAUGAUGAUUUUUUAAGUUUUAUAAAUGAUGACGAUAAGAAAUCAGAUAAGUUUGAUGAGGAUCGCUCGUAUUCAAAUUGGCAAUUUAUACCUGCUGCUUAUGAGAACGAACAAAACAGACUUAAUAAGCCAGCCAAAAUUUUUGAUGUAGUCACACCGAGAGCCAUACUCACAGAUCCGUCCACGUUGUCUUUAGAAGCUCUUUUCAAAACAGAAACUCCCAUCAUCGCAAGAAAAAUGAACGACGCUAAUAGUAAUCAUCCAUUUGUAGUAUAUUCGGCAUCGGUACCAACGCAAAAAGAAGACGCCAAUAUUGUUAAAUUGGAAGUUCUGAAACCAGAAACGGGCCGUAGCAUUGUGACAUUCGCAAAAGGACAAGAGUUCAAAGGAUCGACAGUAAGCGAGGACUCGACCAUUAAAUAUCCAAUUAAUAUUUCAGUCAUACCCCAAACUACAGAAACUCCCAUAACUUCUACCCAGAGUACUUCUACAGUAGCGUCAUCAACCACUAGCACAACAACAGAAGCUCCUACUAGCCCAAUAAUAGAACUUCUUACAACUGUACAAACUACAGUUCCUGUAGAACUUUCUGCCGUAUCGGAAUCUAUAACGACUCAAACAACACCUAUCACUGAUGCCCCUACCACCGAAACUGUAACUGAAGAAAUAACCACUGUCAAAUUGUCGCCCCUUGAAGCUAAACGGUCCAAAUACUUUCCAAGAAGGCCCAUCAAACCCCUCAACUCGAACGCGACACGAUACAAUCCAGUGCAAAGGCCCCUGAAGAAAAAUAACACCACAUUUACAACGACCACAAAAGCCCCGUUCAGCCCAAGCAAAUCGCGUUUCUCGGCCAACCGAGCGCAAAACGUACCAGUAGAUUUAAGGAAAAAAAGUACAACUAAAUCGUCUAGAACUUUCUCCACGGAAUCUCCUCGAACUACGACUGAAAGACGUGCGUUUAUUAAACCAAUCAGACCUUCGAGGCCCGCGUUUGUUCCGCGCAGGUUAACCACACCCUCUACAAAUAGUGAUAGCUAGAUAUAACGCAAUAAUUACUUAUUUUUAACUGACUGAAUAAUUAUUUAAAUUAGACUCCAGAUUUAUCGUUGGGUUACGUAACAACUUCAAUCUUAAACAUUGAGCAAAUGUACAAGAUUGAUGUUAUGAUAUUAACGGAAUGAAAAGUUAGCUGGGAUUCUUAUAAUUUCGCUUGUAAUCAGAAAUUGAUUUACAUUUUGAUUAUUGUAAAUAUAGGAUUGGUUUUAAUGUAGUCACGUGGAGAUUCAUAGCUUUAAUUUAGGUGUUUAGAAAGUUUUUCUUACCAAAAAUAUUGUAUAUUAUUGUGUAAGCCCGUUUUGGUUAGAGACUUUCGAACUUAUAGAAUAUUUAGAAUAUAAAUGAUAUUUAAUUUUUUGUGUAAUUUACUAAUAUUUUAAAUUGUUACCAUGUAUAUAGGCAGUGAUUCGGGAAAUUUGUAAUAAUUAUAUUGUAACUCGAAAAAAAA